AUGGUUGCUGCCGACGUCGCUCAAGCUUACGCUGAUGGACGAGUACCCACGAACAUAUCAUACAUUACGCCCGAGUAUCUGAGCGAGUCGCGCGAUGGACCGGCGAUAUCAAGGAUUCUGGCAAUAUACGUUAUCACCACUGUUCUGCUUAUUUGCAGGUUCACCUCCCGAAUCUUUGUUGUCAAAAGCUUCGGACUCGAUGACAGCAUCGCGGCUUUCUCCUGGAUUUGCUAUACGGCCUUUAUGGCCCUCUGUCUGGUGUUGAUCUACGAAGGCAGCGGUCGGCAUAUCGAGUAUAUUCAAUACGUACUCACUUUGCCUGAGGUCGAACAGACAGAAAUCGUCGACUAUGCAGCCCAUCUGAUCUACACGGCGACGCUGUACUUCUGCCGGUUGAGUGGUCUCGCUUUCUUCUCGCGCCUCUGUAGCUCGCAUCCGACCUUUCGCAUUUCUAUAUGGGCUUGCGGUUUCUUUUUGACUGCAGCUUUCAUUGUGCAGUUCCUUCUCAUCCUUCUGCAUUGUCUUCCGGUUACCGGAUUGUGGCCGUAUGCAUGGCAAACGACCGAAAGAACGUACAAAUGUCUCAACUGGGGUGUCGUCUACGUGACCAAUUCAGGUCUGUCUUUGGUCAACGAUCUUGUCCUUUUCAGUAUACCGAUAGCAAUGAUUUCGAUCUUGCAACUUCCUAAGAGUCGCAAGAUCGUGCUGGCCAUUGUCAUGCUUCCAGGAACACUUGUCAUCGGCAUCUCAUGCGCACGGCUGUGGCUUUGUGUGGUUGGCCAAUGGCGGACAGACGGUUCCUGGUACUAUGACCCACAACUGGUCAUUGAAGUCGCAGAGAUCGGAGGCACAUUGAUCGCACUUUCAGUCCCCAGCUACAAGCCAAUCUUGAGCAGGUGGUACGGUCAGAUGAAGAGUACUGCCGAAGCUUCUUACGGACCAAACUCGAAGUAUGGCGAAGGAGUAUCAAGACGCAAAAGUUCGGUUCCGGCACUCUGGGGAUCGCAAGUCGCUGACUCAAAACUGAAGACAUCCAUUCAGAGCAGCAAGCAGACACCAGGGUCCAGAGCUUCGUCAGACAACAGUCUGCUCAGUCCGGACGACAACAUCUACGUGACGACGGAUGUUGAUAUGAGGUCGAUUUCGAUGGCUAAAUUGAGGAAGAGCAGCACCAGUGAGUGUUGA